AUGUUGGGGUUUGGUAAUUGCAAUCAUAGAGACUCUCCUAUCAAAGACUGGAGAUCACUUGUGCGGACGAUGCGGAUGAAACUAGCCAACUUACUUAUCAAGACCAAGGGUACUUACUCACUACCAUUUGGUUUGGGAGAUGAGUCGGUUAACGCAUCGUCAGUUCUUGUGAUGCCCAUGGUUUCAUCUAAAAUAACUGGCUUCAGAAGGCAUGUACUGGAUAGGAGCAAAUUCUCUUUUAAACAUCCUGGUUGGAGUAGGAUUGAUGUGGAUGGUGGUGGUGAUGAUGAUGAUGAUUUAUUGCAAUCAUCAACACUACUUCCUCAGAGUAUAAAGUAGGACUAACACACACAUUACAGAUUGAUAUCUCUAUGUACCAUAUUCAGUUCUUUAUAUUUAUUUGUGUAAAUUCUCAA